ACUCGAUUAUAAUAAAUGAAACUGACAAUUAACAAGGUGACUCGGCAUCUUGGGUUGGAUAUGGAAACUGGGCCCAACCAAGGCUACAACGAGUUGGUCUUUCUUUUCCCGGCUUAGGAAAUGCUGGGCUGCUUUGGUUUUGGGACCCUGAAUGGGCCACCUUUGGUCAGCAUCAGGCACUUAGGCCAGCUUAUGUGGGACGGUGCAAAAAAGUAGCUCAUCGCCGAGGACGAACUGCAACAGCUGUUCGAUUUUCCAAAUGUUUGUGUAUGAGCUGCAAAUUAGCAUUGAAGCAUGUUAAGUAAUGAUGCCGUUAUUCGUAUUUGGGGCAGUGUACUGUUAACAUAGAGAAUUAGCAAUGAUGGGUACUAAAGUUGCGUUUAAAUGGUCGAAAAAAAUCACUCCUUCCCAAUUGGUGCACUUAAUAAAAGCUGAGAAGAAUAUAGACGAGGCUCUUGCUAUAUUUGAUUCCGCAACAGCCGAGUAUACCAAUGGUUUUCGUCAUGAUGACAGCACUUUUGGUGUUAUGAUCUCUAGAUUAGUUUCAGCGAACAAAUUUGGACCAGCUGAAGAUCUUCUUGAUAGAAUGAAGGUGGAAAAGUGUGAUUUAAGGGAAGAUAUAUUCCUUUUUAUCUGUAGGGGCUAUGGAAGGGUUCAUAGACCGUUGGAUGCCAUCAGGGUCUUUGAUAAGAUGAAGGAAUUCCGACUUGAACCUAGUCAAAGAUCUUAUAUUACUGUGUUUGAUAUUCUCGUUGAAGAGAACCAGUUAAAGAUUGCUUUGAGGUUUUACAGGCAUAUGAGAGAAGUAGGUAUUCCAGCUAGUGUUGCCUCUCUCAAUAUUUUGAUCAAAGCACUCUGCAAGAACAGUGGAACCAUGGAUUCUGCUCUACAUAUAUUUCGUGAGAUGCCUAAUCGUGGGUGUCCUCCAGACUCUUAUACUUAUGGGACUUUGAUUAAUGGGUUGUGUAGAUUUGGAAAGAUUACUGAAGCAAAGGAGCUAUUUCAAGAGAUGAAAACAAGAGAUUGUUCUCCAUCUGUUGUUACGUAUUCCUCCUUGAUACAUGGCUUGUGUCAGUCAAAGAAUAUGAAUGAAGCUAUGGGAUUGCUUGAAGAGAUGAAAAGCAAUAGUAUUAAGCCAAAUGUUUUUACUUACAGUUCUUUAAUGGAUGGUCUCUGCAAGGAUGGGCGUUCUUCAGAGGCCAUGGAACUACUGGAGACAAUGGUUAGCAAAUGUUGUAGACCGAACACAAUAACUUAUAGUACCUUAAUUCAUGGACUAUGUAAAGAAGGAAAGCUUCAAGAAGCUGUGGAGAUUCUUGACAGGAUGAAACUUCAAGGCUUGCAACCAGAUGCAGGGUUGUACGGGAAGGUCAUAAGUGGCUUCUGCGAUGUUGACAAGUUUAAGGAGGCUGCAAACUUCCUUGAUGAGAUGGUCUUAGGCAGGACCUCGCCAAACCGAUUAACUUGGAGUCUUCAUGUUAGGAUUUAUAAUAUGGUGGUCAGAGGCCUUUGUACCAAGAGUGAUUUAAGUCGAGCUUUCCUAUUGUAUCUAAGCAUGCGGACUAGGGGCAUCUCAGUUGAGGCUGGGACUUUUGAGGCUCUUAUGAAAUCUUUCUGUAAGAAAGGAGACUUGCAAAAAGCUGCUCGAAUUGUUGAUGAAAUGUUGAUUGACGGAUGUAUUCCAGAAGAGGGAGCAUGGGGUACGUUGGUCAGUGCAUUUUGGGAUCAAAGGAUGGUCCAAGAAACUGUUGAAUUGUUUGAGUUCGAGCUGAUGGGGGACUUUACUGAACCUGACUUAGAAAUUCAAGCUGAAGGUUUGUGAUUUGACAGGGGGAAACCAAUUCCAUGACGUGUAGUAGGGAAGACAACAAAUAACAUGCUGCAGAGGACACCUAUCCCAACUGGCAAUGCUGUGAGGAUCUCCUGAGCCUGAUCUGAUGGUGUUGGGUAAAAGCAACUAACAACAUUCUGAUC